AUGGAGGAUAUUUUAAAAAUCAUUCCGUAUAAUAACCGCUAUGCGAAGGCAUAUUUAUCUCUUGCCAAACUCAUAUCUGAUGAUUAUCAUGUCAAAGAAGUCGAUAGUAUUCAAAUUAUUUCAAACUUCCUUUUUUAUAAAGAAUAUGGAAUUAAAUUAAACAAAUUAGAUAAUUUCGAAUCAAUCAAAACAGAUAAUCUCGAUAUUCAUACCAAAAAUACGAUCUACAGAGCAAUUAUGUAUAAUGACAAAGAAAAAUUCAUCACAUUUACUGGAACAGACGAAUUUGAUAAAAAUCAAAAACUUGAAAGCGAUUUAUAUCCACCAUUUUCUAAAAAAGAAUAUUCAUUACUUGAAUUAUGUUGUUACCAUGGAGCUGUUGAUUGUUUCAAGUUAUUAAGAACAAAAUUUAACUCAGAAAUAACCGAAAAAUGUCUAGAAUUUUCAUUUUUAGGAGGAAAUCCAGAGAUCAUGAGUGAAUGCUUGAAAUAUCAAAAACCAACUUAUAAGUGCGUGGAAUAUGCAAUUAUUUCACGCAACAUUGAUUUUGUUACAUUCUUGAUGAAUGAAUAUAAUAUAGAGAUCGAUUUAGAAAUUUGUGCAACUUUCAAAAAUCUUGAUGCAUUUUUAGUUUAUUUCGAUCAAACUAAUGAUCUAAACAAAUGCUUUAUUAAUUCGGCGAAAUUUGCUAUUCCAUCUCUUUGUGAAUAUUUCCUAUCACAUGGUGCAAAAGUUAAUGCAGAAAAUAAUUAUGGUGAAACCGCUCUUCAUUUUGCAGCAAAAUAUAAUUGUAAAGAAACUGCAGAAGUUCUCCUUUCACAUGGUGCAAAUGUCAACGCAAAAGAUAUUGCUAAAGAAACCGCUCUUCAUUUUGCAGCAAGAUAUAAUUGUAAAGAAACUGCAGAAGUUCUCCUUUCACAUGGUGCAAAUGUCAAUGCAAAAAAUGAAGAUUUUAAAGAAACCGCUCUUCAUAUUGCUGCAGACUUUAAUUGUAAAGAAACGGUAGAAGUUCUUCUUAAACAUGGUGCAAAUAUCAAUGAAAAAAAUAAUAUUGGAGAAACUGUUUUCCAAAUUGCUGCAGACAGGAAUUAUAAAGAAAUAGCUGAAGCUCUUCUUUCACAUGGUCAAAAUAUCAAUGAAAAAGAUGAAAAUGGAUUUACAGCUCUUCAUCUUGCAGCACCAAAUAAUUGUAAAGAAAUAGUCGAACUUCUUCUUUCACGCGGUGCAAAUAUCAAUGAAAAAAGUAAUUUUGGUAGAACAGCUCUUCAUUUUGCAGCAAAAAAUAAUAGACUAGAAACAGCCGAACUUCUUCUCUUACAUGGUGCAAAUGUCAAUGAAAAAGAUGAAGAUGGAUAUACAGCUCUUCAUUUUGCAGCAAGUUAUAAUAGUAAAGAAACAGCCGAACUUCUUUUUUCUCAUGGUGCAAAAAUAUAA